UUUUUUUCGAAUUUUUAUUUAUUGUUACCUAGUAAAACAUUCCGCAAAUGUAGGAAGCGUGAACUGUAAUCUCACUGUCAUAAUAAGUUCAUAUUGCUAAAACCAUCCGUUUAAACCCUAAUAGAUAUCUAUCUAUACAUAUGCAUAUAUUUUAUAUCUAUCACCUUCAAGAAAAUAUGAACAAGCAUAUAUGAGGUUUUGCGUACGGACAAACAGGGGCUGUGAAAAGUAAAAAAAGAAGAAGUACAGCAAAUUUCAACUUAAAUACCACCUUCAGAAGAAAAAUCAUUUGAUUCAACAGUCUCAAAAGAGAUGGCACUAGCAAGAAUAGCAAGAAACAGCUACCGUCGAUCGAGUGGAAGUUCCUCCCGGCCCAACUACUCCACCGAAAAGGAUCUCCUGUGCGAAGGUCCACCCGCACCCAGAAUUCAACCUCCAAUCACAGCUAACCUCUCGAAACCCCUUCCUCAAACCAGCAUGAUGACAGGUGGCAGCAGCUCCACGUUCAUCCCCAGCACCAACUUUUGGAGCAGGGGAUUGAAAACGAGCCCAUUGGCCCGAUUCGGUCAGGCCGAGCGGGUCCCACUGGAGGAGUACGAGGGCCCGCCGACUAAAUACCCGACUCUUGAGGCCACAAAACCGGGAGAGAAGCCUCGUGUGGUGGUGCUGGGGAGCGGGUGGGCAGCGUGCAGGUUCCUUAAAGGGAUCGAUACUAGGUUGUACGAUGUUGUCUGCAUCUCGCCCAGGAAUCAUAUGGUGUUCACUCCUCUGCUGGCCUCCACUUGUGUUGGGACUUUGGAGUUCCGUUCGGUGGCUGAGCCCGUGAGCCAGAUACAGGUGGCAUUGGCUAAGGACCCGAAUUCGUAUUUUUUCUUGGCUUCUUGCACAGGGCUCGACACGGACAAGCAUGAAGUGUACUGUGAGACGGUUAGUGAUGGUAAACUCUCUGAAGAGCCGUAUCGUUUUAAAGUUGCAUAUGACAAGCUCGUCAUUGCUUCUGGAUCUGAGCCAUUGACCUUCGGGAUAAAGGGAGUUAAAGAGCAUGCGUUUUUCCUUCGUGAGGUCUCUCAUGCUCAAGAAAUUAGGAAGAAGCUUCUCUUAAACCUCAUGCUCUCUCAAAACCCAGGCAUUUCUGAAGAAGAAAAAGAACGGCUACUGCACUGUGUCGUUAUAGGUGGUGGGCCCACCGGAGUUGAAUUUAGCGGCGAAUUGAGUGAUUUUAUCACGAGAGACGUUCGCCAGCGUUAUGCUCACGUCAAGAACUACAUACGCGUAACCCUCAUUGAGGCGAACGAGAUAUUAUCAUCUUUCGACGUUGGGCUAAGGCAAUACGCUACAAAGCACUUGACAAAGUAUGGGGUUCGACUCGUCCGUGGUGUUGUUAAAGAGGUUCAUUCGGACAAGAUUGUCCUUAGCGAUGGAAGUGACGUACCUUAUGGCCUACUUGUCUGGUCCACCGGCGUUGGACCUUCCGAAUUUGUGAAAUCGCUCAAUCUCCCCAAGUCUCCCGGUGGAAGGAUUGGUGUUGAUGAAUGGCUACGAGUCCCGGCUGCAGAAGACGUUUUUGCUCUUGGAGACUGUGCCGGAUUUCUCGAACAGGUCGGGAAGCCCGUGCUUCCUGCUCUAGCUCAGGUGGCCGAACGGCAAGGGAAGUUUCUCGUCGAAUUAUUCAACCGAAUAGCAAAACAAGAAGCUGGCAAGGCUUUCUCGGCAAAAGAAGUGCCUCUCGGGGACCCGUUUGUGUACAAGCAUCUCGGGAGCAUGGCAUCCGUGGGNGAUUCGUGAGCUGGCUAGUUUGGCGAUCUGCUUACCUGACGAGAGUGAUUAGCUGGAGGAAUAGAUUCUAUGUGGCUUUCAAUUGGGCAACAACUCUCGUUUUCGGAAGGGAUAAUUCAAGGAUCGGUUGAGGCAAGGGAUUUACGGCUCGUCAAUUCAAUGCAUGAAUUAAGCGCAACCGCUGAUAGUUUUGUAGCUAGGGGAAUUUACAUUCGAGACACAAAAUAAUUUUAGCCUAAGAAAUUCUAGCAUCAAUCGCACAAUUAUCUGAUGCAAAUGUGCCCUCUUUCCAGUGGACAAAAUUACUCUCUGUCACCAAUUUUCUACAGUUAGAUAUCACACUCGGUCGUGUUUUUUACGGUUAGAUCACACUCACAAGUCACAAGCACUUUUUACGGUUAGAUCACACCCACCCACAAGCACCGGAUUUUUACCAUUGGAACUUAGAUCACACACUUGUCAGCUUUUUUAUGGUAAGAGCACCUACUAAAAGAACCCAUCAAAUCACAUUUUUGUCACUAAGUAUCAC